UGGGCCGGGGCCGGGGGCUCGCCAUGGCCGGGGCCAUCGCGUCCCGCAUGAGCUUCAGCUCCCUCAAGAGGAAGCAGCCCAAGACGUUCACCGUGCGCAUUGUCACUAUGGACGCGGAGAUGGAGUUCAACUGCGAGAUGAAAUGGAAAGGGAAGGACCUGUUUGACCUGGUGUGCCGGACUCUGGGACUACGGGAAACCUGGUUCUUUGGGCUGCAGUACACAAUCAAGGACACCGUGGCCUGGCUCAAAAUGGACAAAAAGGUGCUGGAUCAUGACGUUUCAAAGGAAGAGCCAGUCACCUUUCACUUCCUGGCCAAAUUUUAUCCAGAGAAUGCAGAGGAGGAGCUGGUCCAGGAGAUCACACAGCAUUUAUUCUUCCUACAGGUGAAGAAACAGAUUCUGGAUGAGAAGAUUUACUGCCCUCCUGAGGCGUCGGUGCUCCUGGCUUCCUACGCAGUCCAGGCCAAGUACGGUGACUAUGACCCCUCUGUCCACAAGCGUGGCUUUUUGGCUCAGGAGGAGCUGCUUCCAAAAAGGGUAAUAAAUCUGUAUCAGAUGACACAGGAGAUGUGGGAGGAGAGAAUUACCUCCUGGUAUGCAGAGCAUCGAGGGAGAGCAAGAGAUGAAGCUGAAAUGGAAUAUUUGAAGAUUGCUCAGGACUUGGAGAUGUAUGGUGUGAACUACUUUGCAAUCCGGAAUAAAAAGGGUACAGAGCUGCUGCUUGGAGUGGAUGCUCUGGGCCUCCACAUAUACGACCCUGAAAACAGACUGACCCCCAAAAUCUCCUUCCCUUGGAAUGAAAUCCGGAACAUCUCUUACAGCGACAAAGAGUUCACCAUUAAGCCUCUGGACAAGAAGAUUGAUGUCUUUAAGUUUAACUCCUCAAAGCUUCGUGUUAACAAGCUGAUUCUGCAGCUGUGCAUUGGGAACCAUGACCUCUUUAUGCGAAGAAGGAAGGCCGACUCAUUGGAGGUACAGCAGAUGAAAGCUCAAGCCAGAGAGGAGAAGGCCAGGAAGCAGAUGGAGCGGCAGCGUUUGGCUCGAGAGAAGCAGAUGAGGGAAGAGGCCGAGCGAACGAGGGAUGAAUUGGAGAGGAGGCUCUUACAGUUGAAGGAGGAAGCAACUAUGGCCAAUGAAGCUCUGAUGCGGUCUGAGGAGACAGCUGACUUGCUGGCAGAGAAGGCCCAGAUCACAGAGGAGGAGGCAAAGCUCUUGGCUCAGAAGGCAGCUGAGGCUGAGCAGGAGAUGCAGCGGGUCAAGGCCACGGCCAUUAGGACAGAGGAGGAAAAGCGCCUGAUGGAGCAGAAGGUGCUGGAGGCCGAGAUGCUGGCACUGAAGAUGGCCGAGGAGUCGGAGAGGAGAGCAAAGGAGGCCGAUCAGUUGAAACAGGAUCUCCAGGAGGCCAGAGAGUCUGAAAGAAGAGCGAAGCAGAAGCUCUUGGAAAUCACCAGCAAAGCUUCCUACCCGCCCCCGGUGAGCUCGAGCACCACAGCCCUGCCGCCCGAUGUGCCUGGCUUCGGGCUUAUUGGCGAGAGCCUGUCUUUUGACUUUAAGGACACUGACAUGAAGCGACUCUCCAUGGAGAUUGAGAAAGAGAAAGUGGAGUACAUGGAGAAAAGCAAACACCUGCAGGAGCAGCUGAAUGAGCUGAAGACCGAGAUCGAGGCCCUAAAGCUGAAGGAGAGGGAGACGGCCUUGGACAUUCUACACGGCGAGAACUCCGACCGGGGCAGCAGCAAGCACAGCACCAUCAGAAAGCCUCAAGCCCAAGGCAGAAGACCUAUCUGCAUUUGAGCCUUCCAACUCACCUUGCAGAGCACAAAGUCCCGAGUGGCCUUCUUUGAAGAACUCUAGGAAAUGACCCAGCCAUCCCAGGAGUGGCCACUUCUGCCUGGGCCCUGCUGCAUCAGCAGGAUUGACCGCGCACCGUGGAAGCGAUCCCUGGACACGCUGGCCGGACGACGAGGAGCUCCUUGAACUUUCUGUGGCCAAGCGGUGACCCCACUGCCAACAAUGUGCAAUGGCCUUGAAUUCCAGCCCUUCCAAGGAUUUCUCAUGUGGGAUUCAAGUUCCGCCCUAUGGAUUUUUUAAAAAUGUGCAGUCUCUUUUGUCUGAUGUGUAGCUGUGGUAUCCCACGUGGUCUUCAGACACCUUGGUAUGUCAUGUUUGCUAGAUGCGGUCUCAGCCUGUUCCGCCGAGGGGAGAGGGGAAGCUGAUGUGAGUGAGGAUAGCCAAGCAGAUGGGACAGGCAGAGCCCCUGUGUGAGCGUCCUGGUGACACCUUCUGAAACACCAGGGGUCAGUAGGAUUGGUGGUCUUUGCCGCUGCCCCCAGGCUAGGGUUUCAGAAGAGCGGGAGAUCUCAGUCGCUGGGCUGAAAGAAAUGCCUCCAUGCUGGUGCCAUGGAGGGCCGGCCUCCAGGGGAAUGGGUCUCUAGGCUCUGGAGGAGGGAGGCUGGGAAUCUGCCCAAGCUGGGACACAGGCUCAUCACAGCCAUCAGGCCUCGGGUCUGUGCCCCUUGAGGACGGGCUUUGGCUGCCAGAUGGCCAGGCGUGAGAACAGCAGCCAUGAAUGCGAGAAGGAGUUUAGGCCAAAGCCUCGGCUGGGGGCUGGGGGCUGGGGGCUGGGGGCCAGGUGUGGUCAGCAGCUCCCGAGCUCGCCUCACACCACAUCCACAGUUGAGGGGAGCGGUAGCCCCCAAAGCCUGCCCCCUGCACAUCCUCUUCCCUUCUGGGCUUCGCUUCCCCUGCCGUGGUUCACGUAAGAUGUGAGGGACCUAGUGUUUGUUGGGACCUUCCAGUAACCAGCCGAGACUCCAAGGGCGGUGGGUCUUUGCAGGCCCUCCUUAUAGCUCACAGGUAUUCCUCUGCUCUGCUGUCGAUGGCAAGCCUUUCUUUGGCACUGAUUUAUCUUGUGUUCUCUCUUGGCAAGAAACUUGGCUGCCCUGGCUAAUCUCUGCUCUCUUCAUCUGGAACCAUGCUGCUUACCCCUUGCAUCAUCUACAUGUUUAAUCUUGUUCCCCUGCCCAAAGCCCUUUUUAAAAAACUCCUUGUUGGACAUUUAGGCUCUUUUGUACUCCCUUUCCUCCCCUCGCUGUGCCUAGUAUAGUGUUCUGCCCCACCGUAGUGGGUGCUCAGUAAAUGCUCUUUGAUUGACUAUUCUAUGCUAAGUUGGUGGCUAAAGAAAUAAUUCUCCCUUGUACUUGGUUGGGUGCUGCUCUCUCCUGGCCGAGGUCCCUCCCUUGGGCCACUAGCUGCUGUGCCCACUGUGACCUGGGUGGUUUUGAGCUGUUCCACGGCUUUGACAGCUUGUCAGAGACUGAGAAGGGAAGGAAGCCAUCCCUGUGCGGUCAGAAGGAGCUGUGGGCUUCAUUGGGUGGCUCCUCCACAACCGCUGGUCUGCCCUUUGGGCCUUGAAAGCCGUGCUCGGGGAGAGGAGCAGGUUGGUGACUCUGGAGGGAGUCCCCGAGCCCCUCCUGGUCUGGCUGGGUGGUCAGCCCCCUCCCGCCUGGCCCUGUUUCUGUCCUUUCUGCUGGCAGGAGGAUGGCCGAAAUGACCUCAUAGUUGCUUGUGGCUGUGAGGCAACAAAUGUGAAUCUGGGGGCUUUGCUCUCUGUGUGUUGCCUGUUUUUGAAUAAUAAAAACACUUAGUCAUCCAGGCAGUAGGAAGGCCUGGGAUCCUGCCUUACCCCCUGACCUGCUCUGUAGGAUGAGGCUCUGGCUCCACGGUACCGUGCUGUCUCUGGCGCGGCCACCUCUGUGACCGGGUGGGGGACAGCUGGGAGGUGUCUGAGCUUAGCCUCUGGGGAGAGCUGCAUUUAUUUAAUUAGCAGUGAAAGCCCAGUGCCUCCUCUGGCUGUGGGGCAUGAACCGGGCUUGCCAGAUAACUCCAGUGUCUCCGUCUCUCUUCUGUAUCUUAUAAAGAGGCUCGAGAGAGAUGCUCGAUGUAUUUGAGACUUGGGAGGGAGGAUGCCUAAGGUCAGAACAGUUCCUCCCCCUGGGCAGGGAUGCCAAGCCCCUGACCCAAGGGCAGUCUGAAAGCCAGAGCCCAUAUUAUGCCCUCUGUUUCCCAUAAAUCAUAAUCUCACCUGAAUUCUUGCCAUAAAUACCGUAGCUCCUCUUUAAAAUUGAAAGACAUAGAGGGAGAGAGCUGGCCCGGAGGCAGGAGACCCCAGCUUCAAGUGCUGGUUCUAUGACUUGACGUCUCAGCGCCCUGAGCCAUUCUCUCCUGUGCAGAGGAGAGCCCCCAUGUCAGUGAAAUCACAGAUCCAGCCCCCUCCCCAAGGCAGUGACCCCAGGCCACAAAAGCAAAUGUAUAACCUGUAAAUAUAGGAAAGCGCCAAGCGUCCUUGGCCACAAAGGAUUUAAUGGCCAUUCUCUGCUUAUGGGGAAGGAAAAGCAUGGAGAGCCAAUUAAUUCAACUCAAGAACUACCCCUCCUGUCCACUCCAUUGGGGCCCCUCUGCCUGGCAGACCAAAUACCCCACUCCUUGGCAGGGCAGGGGAUGAGGGCCGCCAGGCUCCCCUGGGAUGGAGCUUCUUGGUAUGCAGAGUUGAGCAGGAAGGAGUCGGCCCUGUGAGGGCCUUGUCUGGAGAAAGAAUGAGGGGAGGCUCGUUGGCUUUUGGAUGCUUGUUCUCCCAGGGCUUAGAGAUGACUGUUAGGUGUUUUGUAUGUCAAUAAAGCGCAUAACGUGUAACAUGUACCUGAACUUCUGACAUGCCGUUGGAGAGGAGGGAAGAGACAGUGCAGAAGCAUUCAUUGAGGAGCCCAGGGAAGGCUUCUGGGCAGGAGCAGUGAAGGGCAGGAGUGGCUUCCGGGACCCCGGGUCCUGCCAGGUACCUCCUGGGAAGUCGUGCUGCUGGCCCCAGACUUCCCCGCUCCGUGCCCCUGCUCCUGCAUCCAGACUGAUUGUCUCCCCUGAAUUACAUCACAGCACUUAGAAAUACAUGAAAAAAUGUGCCCAGCGCCCCGAGCCGGACACCCCCACGCUCCUCACACUCCCAAGUGAAAGUGCAUGUUGUAAGCUGGCAGGGAGAGGCCCCUGCACCUCUUCCUUCCUCUCUCUUUCUGCCACUCUGUCUCUGCCCUUCCUCUCUUGUGUCUCUGUGCAUCUCUGUGUCUCCAUCUCCACUCUCUCCAAAGUAGAAGUCCAUCCAAACCUUCACAGUCCAGCAACUCGAAAUCAUUCUGCAACUUUGACUAGAGAGCUCAGAGCUCCCAGCCUGGGGAGAAGGAAACCUUGGCUCUCAUCUGUGCCAAUCUCCCUGGUCUCCAGCCCAGGGGAGUCAGCCCCCUUCUCCAGCCUGACUCAUGGCAGGUCACGCCCCCAAUGUGGACACCUCGUCCAGCCCCCUUUUCAAAGCAAAAGUUUGAGAUUUGGAUUUGUACGGCCAUGUCUUGUGACUGGAGGGGUGGAGCCCCCUUCUCCGUCAGGUGAAAUACCCACAAGUCUGUUUUCUAUUCUGGGGGAUUAUUAUAUUUUAACUGAUUGUUUUAAUAAAAAUUCAAUCCUGUAAAAGUC